AUGCAAGGUCCAUCGAGUCCGUGCAACUCGGAGUUGCACCUGCAUCCGUAUGAAAAGCUCCAAAAGGAACGCAAACCUGUGAGCAAAUGGACCGAAAGAGAGGAUCUUAUGAUGCUCAAGCUCGUGCACAAGUACGGCACUCGUCACUGGACGGUCAUUGGCACGAAAUUGCCUGGACGCAGUGGCAAGCAGUGCCGUGAAAGGUGGCACAACCAACUUGAUCCGGCCAUUCGGAAAGAACCGUGGACAGCUGAAGAAGAGCGCGUUCUGAAGGAAUUGCACGACAAGUUUGGCAACAAAUGGGCUGACAUUGCCAAGCUGUUGCCUGGACGAACGGACAACUCGAUCAAGAACCACUGGAAUUCCUGCAAACGACGACAUAAGCGGGGAAUCGCACCACCAAAGACGUUGCAGCGUAAACGUCGUGAGAAGACUGUAUCGGAGAUUACGUCUUCAGGAAGCGUGUUGCCACUGACGUCGGCAAUGGCAGUCGAAGUUCAAGACGUAUACCCACUCGCAACGCUAGGGACAAACCGCCAGGCUAGUUGUCCUGCGAGUACUUUCCUACAGUCAUCGCUUGCCAUUCAAAUGGCACCUCCUGGUAGUCCACACGAUAACGCGUUGUGCUGGACGCCAACUGAUGCAGCAUACAACCGCCCAAGUACCUGGUGGGGUAUCCCUGCCAUGCCAAAUCGGACUGUAAAUGGCCUUGUCCAUCCUCUCAGCACAACAGCGACAACGAUUGAGCCAAGAAGUACCAAGCUGGCAUCAGAUCGAGUACCUGUGAUGAGCGGUAAGCGGCUCAUGGAAGACAUGGGCGAGUCUGAAGAGGUGCUGUUGUCACACAGUGCAAAAGAGAUGCAUCCGAAGGAAGAGGAUCCAUCGCUGGAGAUCCUGGCCAAUGCUGCACUGCUGCAGGCGAUUGGCCAUGUCGUGUAG